AUGUGGAAGGAGCCUGUCGGCAAGACCGUAGAGGUCUCGCUGCUGUUUGAUAUGGGCACCUUCACAGACGCAUGUUCAAAAGAAAAGUGGAAGAGCGAACCCGUCAAAGUCAGAUUGGCACCAUCUGGAGUCUAUGUGGAGGUGCGAAUUCCUCAGGAGGGAUCGACCGUGCAGGCCUCCUGUGCAGGGAUCCACGCUGUUUUGGAGGUCAGUGGAGGCCGCAAAAUGAGCGUGCGGCAUCGCGUAGUUGACUUUCGGCCACCCACGGGAAGGGUCCUUUGCACGCAGGUCAAGUUUGACCAGGAGGUCAUGGCUGCAGAACUCAGUCAUCCUCGCGGUCGAUACCGUGACGAGUACAUUGAAGCCUGGGCUCGUAUUCAGACUGGUCCUGUCGCAGCGCUGGAGCUGAUUUCGGAGGAGCCGGCUGUAGGACCACAGCGCACAGGGUACUGGAUUUUCUGCGGCACCCGCUUUGCGCGUGUCAUCGGCCUUCCGGUGGGGCAGGGUGUGGUUUCUGGCACGUGCAGCGGGUCCUUGGAGCAGCUCGAAGCUUGCCUUGGUGGGGCAGCACGGGAAGAGCUUCACACGCGCUACGAGGCUUCGUGGGGCGACAUUGAGCGCCCUGGACGGCUACGAAUCCGGGAGGAGGCCUGGUCGAAGAGCAAAUCUGGCGACCUGAUCUAUGACCAGGCAACGGGUGUUGGUGGCACAAUGACCUUCGGCCAGAGCGAGGUGCUCCAUUGCUUGCCGAAUGGGGUGAAGCAGACAUGGCGCAUCCGGGACUGGGGCUUCGAUCCAUUUAGACCCGGAGGGCCGAUGCCGGUAAUGCCCGCAGUGGAG